AUGCUUCAGGAAACAGAACUUGUGGGAAAUGCGGUGCAGAAGCAGGUGGAGAAGGAUUCUGCACUUCAAGCCACCGUGCGAACCUCAUCUGACCGAUUACCGAGUUCGCCGAGCAAAACCCCCUUGGAGCCAGGCUCUUUAGGAAGUUUCGCUCCCCAGGGCACGGCUACAGCGCAAGAUUAUUUUCCCGGUGCGAAGGGAAGGAGGUUACCGGCAGCCACAGGCGCUCACUUCAACUGCACCGAACGCGGCCGGUUUCAACGGCGGCUCGCGGGCGGGCCCGGGGUGCGCGCACGGCGACGGCAACAGCCGGCCCGCGGCUCCGGAGCCCCCGGCCGCAGUGCCCGGCUCCGCGGGGCCGUGCUGGCGGCCCGACACCGCACCGAGCUGCCGCGGCUCAGCCUCGCCCGCGGGACCCGGCCCGGCCGGCGCCCAGCAACACCCACCGGGCCCGGCGCUACCGGAGACCCCGGGGAGCUCCCAGCAACCCCCUGCGGCCCGGCAGCCGGGGGCCAGGCGGCGCGCUCGGCAGCGCGGCACCGGCGGGGCCCGGGUGGCACCGCGACACACGCCCCCCGCCUCCCGUCAGCGGCCGCGGUCGCUGCGGCGCUGUCCCAAAGCCGCCGCUGCCCUCACCUCUGCCCGCACCAGGUCCGGCGGGCGGCGCGGAGGGGCGCCGAGCCGGUGCGGGUGGGCGGCGGCCGGGAGCCGUCCCCUGCAGGCGCGGGCUCCGCUGCCCCGCGCGGCACGGGGCGCUCCCGCCGCUCCGCUCCCGCCGCUCCGCUCCCGCUGCUGCCACCGCGGCCCCGCCCGGUCGCUCCCUGA